AUUUUCAGUAUCCUGGAGCCGGCAGGCAACUGAGGAGUUCAGUGUCUGCCACCUUCUGAUUUUGAUGCACAUUUUCGGUUAAGACUGUGACAUCGACCUCGAAUUGGUACCCGACAGAGCAUCGCUCCCAUCAGUUAAUUGAGUAGUGCUCAAGUUCCUUCACUUCUGGACUUUCGGAAAAUAUGAAACAGUUUGCUUAGAAAAAUGGCUAGGGGAAUAUUGAGAAUAUGCGUUAACCGACAGCAAAUGAUCCAAUUGCGACUGAAAAACCUCACCGCGCUAGAAAAUGUGGCAAAGAGGCACUUCAGCAAAGGCCAAUUGCAUGGGAAGGAAGCUGAAGUUAGAGGAACUCCUUACAGUCAGUUGACCAUUGGAGUGCCCAAAGAGAUAUGGAAAAACGAAAAAAGGGUUGCAAUAACUCCUCUGGUCGCUCAAACUUUGGUUAAAAAGGGCUUCAAUGUGAACAUUGAGCAGAGCGCCGGAGCUCUGGCAAAGUUCAGAAAUGAGGACUACGAGCAGGCUGGCGCCAAACUGGUGGAUAACCAGAAAAUCUUCCAGUCAGAUAUCAUCUUGAAAGUCAGACAGCCGCUGAAUGAGGAAGUGCCAAACUUCAGAGAAAAUUCCACUCUAAUUUCCUUCCUAUACCCCGCCCAGAAUGGAGAGUUGGUGCAGAAACUAGGAGAGAGAAAAAUCAACGCCUUUGCCAUGGACUGCAUUCCCAGAAUAUCCAGAGCCCAAGUCUUCGACGCCCUCAGCUCAAUGGCCAACAUAGCUGGUUAUAGAGCGGUGGUGGAAGCUGCCAGUCAUUUCCCUCGGUUUUUAUCAGGCCAAAUCACCGCUGCUGGCAAAGUUCCCCCAGCCAAGGUGCUGGUGAUUGGAGGGGGAGUGGCAGGACUGGCCGCUAUUGGCCAAGCCAAAUGCAUGGGGGCCAUUGUCAGAGCCUUUGACACCCGCUCUAUUGUAAAAGAGCAAGUGGAGUCGUUGGGGGCGGAGUUUCUCACUAUCACCAUUGAGGAGGAAGGAGGCGACUCGGGAGGCUACAGCAAGGAAAUGUCCAAGGAGUUCAUCGACGCUGAACACGCGCUGUUUGCCAAACAGUGCAAAGAGGUGGACAUUAUCAUCUCCACCGCUCUCAUUCCAGGCAAAAAGGCCCCCAUGCUGAUCCUUAAGGAGCAUAUCGCCAACAUGAAACCCGGAAGUGUGGUGGUGGAUCUGGCCGCUGAAGCUGGAGGCAACAUCGAAACCACCAAACCUGGAGAAAUCUACUCCUUCAACAACAUAACGCACGUUGGGCUGACUGACUUCCCCAGUAUGCUGCCCACUCAGAGCUCCACAUUAUACGCCAACAACAUUUCCAAAUUUCUGCUAUCAAUUGGAGAAAACAGCCACUUCAACAUCGAUCUCAACGACGAAGUGGUGCGCGGCAGUAUCGUUUUGGACAAAGGCAAGCUGUUGUGGCCGCCUCCAAAGCCUGCAGGCCCGCCAGCGGCUGUAGCCCCUAAAAAGGCGGCAGUGGAGGCGGCCAAGGUGGCAGAGGUGCAGCUGAGUCCAUUCAAGAAGACCAUGGACAACGCGUUAAUCACAACGGCCGGAGUGGGAGGACUAGUGGGUUUAGGCGCCAUCUCUCCCAAUCCGCAAUUCACCUCAAUGCUCACUGUUCUGGGCUUAUCGGGAAUAGUUGGCUACCACACCGUUUGGGGAGUGACUCCCGCGCUCCAUUCUCCCCUAAUGUCGGUAACAAAUGCCAUUUCUGGAAUAACCGCCGUUGGCGGGUUGUUGCUGAUGAACGGGGGCUAUUGCCCCACGAAUUCUGUAGAGGCGCUGGCAGCUGGGGCGGCCUUUGUUUCCUUCAUCAACGUCUUCGGCGGGUUCCUGGUCACCAAACGAAUGCUCGAUAUGUUCAGGAGACCUGGAGAUCCUCCAGACUACAAUAUCCUUUACGGGAUCCCAGCUGCAGUGUUUUUAGGCGGUUACGGAUAUGCUGCAAUGUCAGGCCUUGCCGAAGUGCACCAAGCCGCCUACUUGGCCGCCUCUUUGUGUUGCGUGGGGGCCUUGGCGGGAUUGAGCAGCCAGGCCACUGCCCGAUUAGGGAACAGCUUGGGAAUUAUUGGAGUGACCGGGGGAAUAGCGGCCACUCUCGGGCAAAUAGCGCCCAGCAAUGAGGUGCUGGCCCAAAUGGCCGCAGUAGCUCUAGGAGGCGGCGCUCUGGGAUCCAUAAUUGCCAAGCGGAUUCAGAUUGCUGAUCUCCCGCAGUUGGUGGCAGCGUUCCACAGUUUGGUCGGAAUGGCCGCAGUGCUCACUUGCAUAGCCACUUACAUCCACGACUUUCCCACUUUUGCUACCGACCCGGCCGCUAAUGUGGUUAAAACCGCCCUGUUCUUGGGAACUUACAUCGGGGGCGUUACUUUCAGUGGGUCGCUGAUUGCCUAUGGAAAGCUGCAGGGGGCGCUGAAGUCCAGCCCCCUGCUCCUACCAGGACGCCACGCCCUCAACUCCGCGCUCCUCUUGAGCAACAUCGCAGCGGGCGGCUACCUCUUCUACGAUCCCACUUUAGCAGGAGGCCUCAGCGCUUUGGGGACCACAGCAGCUUUAAGCACAGUGAUGGGCGUGACCCUCACCUCAGCUAUCGGAGGUGCCGAUAUGCCAGUGGUCAUCACCGUCCUCAACAGCUACUCAGGCUGGGCGCUUUGCGCCGAAGGCUUCAUGUUGAACAACAACUUGAUGACCAUUGUGGGGGCCUUGAUCGGCUCCUCUGGAGCUAUUUUAUCGUACAUCAUGUGCAAGGCCAUGAAUCGCUCCUUGCCCAACGUGAUUCUGGGCGGCUACGGCACUUCAAGCACCGGCACUGGAAAGCCCAUGGAAAUCACCGGCAGCCAUACGGAGAUAAACAUCGAUGGAGCAGCUGAGGUGAUCAAAAACGCCAGAAACAUCAUCAUCGUGCCAGGGUAUGGGCUGUGCGUGGCCAAAGCCCAGUAUCCAAUUGCGGAAAUGGUCGAUCUUCUGAAGAAGCAGGGGAAGAAUGUGAGAUUUGCCAUUCAUCCAGUUGCAGGCAGAAUGCCCGGGCAGUUGAACGUGCUUUUGGCUGAAGCCGGCGUUCCAUAUGACGAUGUUCUGGAAAUGGAGGAAAUUAAUGAAGAUUUCGAUGAAACGGACCUGGUGCUGGUCAUCGGCGCUAAUGACACAGUCAACAGUGCAGCAGUGGAUGAUCCCAAUUCUCCCAUUGCUGGAAUGCCCGUGCUGAACGUCUGGAAGUCCGAUCAAGUGAUUGUUAUGAAGCGCUCUUUAGGUGUUGGUUACGCUGCUGUGGACAAUCCAGUGUUCUUCAAGCCCAACACCUCCAUGCUACUGGGGGAUGCGAAGAAAACCUGCGACGCGCUUCUUCACAAAAUUGCCCAGGAGGACUAGGAAGAGUAGGAUCGGAACAUUUCAAUCAGCUUUUGCCGCCUUAAGUAUUCCAAGCAUUUUCACUUAGCCACUUUUUAUGCUACUCCAGAUGUACAAACUAUAUUUUUGAUAGCUCAUGUUUAACAAUCGCCUCACAGCAACUAAUAUCCAGUAUCUGUACAAUUUGACCUGUAAUAGUCAAUAAGCUAAACUAAGCCAGGUAGGUAGAGAUAAUGUAUCAUGUGGAUGUGUAUCCAACCGUUUUUCUUUAGUAUUUUUUGUAUUUGUAUUUAAACAUAAGGAGAAACACAGUCUGAGUUAUUUGUACACUUUAUGUACAGAGAGAUCCUCAGGAGGAUGUACGAUUUCCUUUUGUAUAUAGGCAGGUAGGCUAAGAGGGCGCAGCUGCGGAAAAUCACUAAUUAGUCAUUGUACACUUAGUUAAGGGCUAGGCAAAGAUGUAUUUUACAUAUUCAAUAUAUAACUAUUUUCUUAA